AUGGGGUCUGUCAACACGCCGGCUAAUCCAAAGACGCGUGCGCCUCACACUGGUGCCUGUCUAUUAUUCCACCAGCCCUCACACAAUCACUCUCCCCUCAUACGUCGGGACGCACCCGGCCACGUAGGGGUCCCUUGCAACACGCCGGCUACUCCAAAGACGCGGGUCGACCUCACCUGGGCCUGCUACAUUCUCACCACCAUCACACAAUCAUAUCUCCCCUCAUACGUCGGGACGCACCCGGCCCGUAUGGGGGUCGUCAACACGCCGCUAAUCCAAAGACGCGUGCGACCUCACACUGGGCCUGGCUACAUUCUCACCAGCCCUCACACAAUCACAUCUCCCCUCAUACGUCGGGACGCACCCGGCCACGUAUGGGGUCUGUCAACACGCCGGCUAAUCCAAAGACGCGUGCGACCUCACACUGGGCCUGGCUACAUUCUCACCAGCCAUCACACAAUCAUAUCUCCCCUCAUACGUCGGGACGCACCCGGCCACGUAUGGGGUCUGUCAACACGCCGGCUAAUCCAAAGACGCGUGCGACCUCACACUGGGCCUGGCUACAUUCUCACCAGCCCUCACACAAUCACAUCUCCCCUCAUACGUCGGGACGCACCCGGCCACGUAUGGGGUCUGUCAACACGCCGGCUAAUCCAAAGACGCGUGCGACCUCACACUGGGCCUGGCUACAUUCUCACCAGCCCUCACACUGUCACUUGGGCCUGGCUACAUUCUCACCAGCCAUCUUACUGUCACUUGGGCCUGGCUACAUUCUCACCAGCCAUCUUACUGUCACUUGGGCCUGGCUACAUUCUCACCAGCCAUCAUACUAUCACUUGGGCCUGA